AAUCUCGUUACGCGUCAGUCCCUUUGAUUUACUGUUGCUUUUUAAACUUAUUAAAAAUUAAUUACAUAACAAAAUACUGUGACAAGAUGUAUGGGAGGUCACCGGAGCGGCGGCGUCGGCAAAAACUGGCCCACUCGUCCACUUUUAGAGUUGAGAACGAGCAAAACCCGGAAGAGAUGCCGCAGUACUUUCAGAUAUCAGUCAAUAUAUUAGAAGCACGAAAGCUAGAAUGGUCUCAUCCUCAUUUAACAAAUUCGUAUGUUGUUGUCAUUUUUGGAAAGAAGAAAUACAGAACUAAUAUAAGAAGAAAUAUGACUGAUCCUUAUUUUAACGAGUGUUUUGUUUUUGAAACAUUCACGAGUAUUCAAGAUCUGCAACGAUCUAGCCUCUGGUUGGCGGUGAUGGAGCCCAGAUGUUGCGCCUCUUCUAGGUUGUUAGGAGAGGCUUCAAUAGAAAUGGGUACAAUUUGGAUGCAACCAAGGCAUCAAGUAUUUCACAAAUGGGCUCUGCUUACGUUAGCACGAGACCCAGCAGCGGGACCAUUAGGGUUCUUGAAGGUAGACAUCUCGAUUAUUUUCCGGGGAGAGUUGCAAAUCAUGCCUGCAAUAAUUUCUGCUGAAAAGCCUGACGAAAACAAUCUCCUUUUACCGACUGGUUCGGAGCAACAACGUGCCAACUACGUGAUUGCCAUCUUUGGAGCCUUCGGUCUGCCGAGCGGGUCUCACGGCUACGGUGACAGGCGAUACGGAAAACCACCGAGCACUUUUGUUAAAGUCUCAUUUUGUGGGCUAGUGAUAAAAACAGGUGUGCAGCACAAAAGCAACAACCCUAUGUAUUGUGAACAGAUUUCAAUAGUGGAAAUGUUUCCAAACAUCUGCCAGACUAUCAGAUUGGAUGUUUGUUCUUCGGAUGGUUGUUUACACAGAGUAAUUGCCAGCACGCAUUUAAAACUUGGACUGGUGUCUCACGACGGAGAGAACGGGUUCCUCCCAACGUUUGGUCCAUCCCUGCUCCACAUGUAUGGAGCAGGACCUUUUGGAGCAACAAGUGAGGAUGGCCCAUACCAUAGGGGGGCACUGCUCGUUUCACUGAAGACCAUCGUGCCGUACUACCAACAGGGUUGCAGGAGUACCAACGUUGAACCCGUUACUCAAAUGAAACCAGAUCAGAUUUGGAUUAUGGACGACUUUUGGAUCUAUUGCCCUAUUAUGGAGGUUUCGAUGUUAGACUAUUCUAUAGCAGGAAAGUGCAGUGGUAUAGCUUUGACUGUUGGGGAAGUGAACACUGAUAUUAUUUCGGAUCAAGAUUUCGCUUCACUGACAGCUGAAUUAAAAUCUCACAAGCUACAUUACACGGGUUCUGUCAAUGUUAGAAGUUCGGAUCCGUCGUAUGGCUAUCUAGAAUUCCAAAACGGCUAUCCAGUUUUACAAGUUGCCCUACGUUUACCAGAUUUCCGUUUUCGUAUGUACAGGAGCAAUAUGGUUAAUGGCAUCGUCACUGAUCUAGAAUCUUCGGUAAAGAACGUUGAACAAAGACUGAAAACGCAGGAAUACAAAACACCUAAUGAAUUAGUAGAUGAAAUUAAUAAAGCUGUUGAUGAUGCCGCAGAAAAAAUUGUUAAGUUUUUAGACAUAGUCCAGUAUUCAAAGACCAAUGAUAGUGACACAGUAAUGCAUCAUAAUAUGACUGAACUCGACCAAAACCAACUAUCGCUGCAAAAGGAAGAAAUGGAAAAGAUAUACAAACAAACAUUAAGAAGGCAUAAAUCAAGAUCAACAUUAAGUCUAAUACAUACAGUUACUUACGGGGAUGUACCUUGUGAUACGAAAAAAGGUGUCAAGUUAUUGCUCGCAGAAAUCAAAAUUAUAUCACAAAACUUACGGAAUCUUAUAUUUAAGUCUUCAGAAGGUUGGCCUGAUCUUGUUUUAUGGCUAUUGCGUGAUGGAUCUAGAGUGGCAUAUGCCAGGAUUCCCGCUGCUGACGUGAUUCAUUCAGUUAUACCAGAACAAAGUGGCCAAUAUUGUGGUGCGAUACAGUCUUUGUUUGUAAAGCCAACAAAAUGCCCUAUCCAUAUAAAUUCAUACGACUCCGAGUGCUUUUGCAUUGCUGGCAAAAUAGAACUUUUUGUUUGGAUGGGAUUGUAUAGAAAGAAAUCAUGUUUUGAAAGCUUUUUGCCUGUCGGUAUGAAACUUAGAGUUUGUGGACAUGAGCUUACACUGAAAUCAAAAGUGUUGAUGUUGGAUUGCCGUAUGUUUGUGUAUAGAGCAAAAUUAAAUAAUAUCACCGAUAAUGGAGCAAAUCACUCCUACAUCUUCUUGAGAAUGAAUAUUCUGAAUUCAACGAAGGAGACUAAGAAAAUACAGAAAUCUGCAUCACCUGUAUGGAAUCAAAUAUUGAAAAUAAAUACCAUGGUCUUCUCAUCACUGGAAAGAAUGAUAAAUAGUCCACCUAUUAUGAUGGUUGAGUUAUACGAAAUUGAUUAUACGGUCUCAGAAAAAUUGAUAAAAACUACAAGCUAUUUGAAUAUAGAUGAAAACUUUAUUUCCUCCGAAAUUAAAGAUAACGAUACAAACGGAUUGGACAUGGAACCGCUACCGUCCAAUUUGAUACCACAGUCGUCAACUUAUAAAGUUGAUGUCUAUUGGUGGGGCUUACGCGAUAUGAAUCUCAUAAGAAGACCUUGUGUGGUCCUCGAAAUCGAUGAACUUACAAUUAAAUCAGACGUCAUCACGGAAAAUCAGGUUAACUGCAAUUUUUCCAACGGCAAGUCCAGCCAUGUCUUUGAAGCUCCUCUGAACCAUACAUGUACGUCGCCGUUAAGUGUCAGGUUAUAUGACAGUGGAACUUUUGGGAGAGCUCGUUUUAUUGGUACCAAUGAAGAGAAGCACCCAAAAAAAUAUACAGUUAGCUGGAUUGCGCAAAGCGAGAGAGAACUAUCGUUAAAGUCUGCAUCUAUAAUGUCUUCAGAUUUCUGUCAAGUGACUCCGGUAAUUUACAAGAAAAAAAAGGACGAUAGACACGGUGACUUCUCUGCCGCUAAUAGGACAAGGUUGAGACAUAUAAACCAUAAACAUAGAGCUAAAAGAUCCGCGUGGGCAAGAUUAUUCAACAGCAGAGGUCCCACUGAAGAAGAAUAUGUGCUUUUACCAAUGUUCGAAAAGGAAAAAGACCAUUAUAGGGUCAUAAAGAAAGUCACAAAGUCCCUCGACCAAAAAGACUGGUGGUUUAGAUACUUCAACUCGAUCAAAGACGGCAACAUAGUUGAGAACAAAUCAAAUAAUGUUGACAAAAUUGUGGUAUAUGACACAGAAUUAGAAAAUCAAGCAGAAUUUUCGAAAUUCAAAGAUUGGUGCACGUCUCUAAAAUUGUAUAAUGGUAAAAAGACAGGGAUUCCUUCGAAAGAUGAAAGGUUGUACUGUGGUGUUCUGAAAGUUGGCAUAGCAAUAUACAAGUGGCCACCACCUGAAGAUGUUAUAGCUGUCACACCCAGUGGAAUAGAUUUGAAUAAUGGUUAUUUUGAUGAUUUUCCGAAUAACGACCCGGCUCAAUAUUUAGUACGUGUUUAUGUAGUAAAGGGUACUGAUCUAAAAAAGAUAGAUUUCACAGGUCAGUCUGACCCUUAUGUGAUACUUAGUUGUGGGAAGAAGAUUUUAGGAGAUCGGAAUAAUUUUGUGAAGAAUAACGUGAAUCCUGUUUUUGGAAGAUUGUACGAAUUUCGUAGUAAAUUACCAGAGGACUACAUGCUGACGAUAUCUUUAUAUGAUUUCGAUCCGAUUCAGGCGGAUGCUUUGAUUGGUAGCACUUCCAUUGAUUUGGAAGAUCGAAUAUAUACCAAGCACAGGGCACGCGUCGGCAUAUCUUCCAAGUAUAACUUAAGGGGCCCGUAUGAAUGGAGAGAUUGCUACAAGCCCUCUGAAAUAUUGGAAGAGAUUUGUGAAAAGAAUCACUUGCCACCACCAAUUUAUCUGGAAUGUGGGACAAUUAUAGUGAACGGUGUAGAAUAUAAAGAUUCUGAUAGGGACAAAAUAUAUGUUUCGGCAUCAGAACGCAAGGAGAAUAUAUGUUUGACCUUAUUGCAUCAGUGGCACACCUUGCCCGUUUGUGGUUAUCGAUUAGUACCUGAGCAUUUGGAAACUAGGACGCUAUAUAAUCCUGAGAAACCAGGUUAUGAACAUGGCAAGAUUCAAAUGUGGGUGGACAUAUUCCCUUUGGACACAGAAUUGUAUGUGCCGCCACCGAUUGAUAUAACUCCACGGAAAGCUGUUAGCUAUGAAUUAAGACUGAUCAUUUGGGAUGUCCAAAAGUUGAAGUUGGAGGAUAGCAUUGCCAGCAAGAAAUAUCCGGAUAUUUUUGUUAGAGCGUGGAUUGGUUCCACUAGUCAAGCGCAAGAUACAGACAUUCACUGCAGAUGUACCAACGGAGAGGGAAGUUUUAACUGGAGAAUGAUAUUUGAUUUCCAAUACCAGCAUGUUGAAAGAAAGAUAGUGGUGAAAGAAAAAGAUACAUUCACAGAAUAUAAGGAGAAAGUACCUCCUAUUUUAGUUGUUCAAGUUUUGGACACUGAAGCUGUGGCCGACGAUUUUAUAGGGACGGUCAUUUUGAACCUAAAUGCAUUGCCAAGAGGAGACAAAUUUCCGAGUCAGUGUAACUUAGAAGCAGUGGCCAAGGCUAAGAUUGUAAAUUUAUUCACUAUGCGAUCCAUGCGAGGCUGGUGGCCACUAUGGACCAUUGAUACUGAUAUCGAAAGAAAACUUUUAGCUGGUGUCAUUGAUAUGGAAAUAACUUUACUUCCCAAAGAGAAAGCUUCGUUAAUGCCUGUGGGAUUAGGGCGGAGUUCCCCUAUUGCUUUGCCAGAACCACAACGCCCCUGUACAACGAGUAUUUUCAUGAAAUUUAAGACUGAAGAGUUGUAUCGAUAUCGAGUAUUUAAAAUAUUAUUCAUCACAUUACUACUGGUAUUACUGAGUAUAUCUGUCAUAUGUAUUGACAUGUUUUCACCAAUGGAAGCAGAUGAAUGGAUAAGGUUGGUAAAGAGGAAUCAGUUAUUGAUUCUAUUGUCAAUAAUGUCAAAGUGCGCGUUUUAA